UAAACGACUUUGCUGAAUGCAAAACACAAGGCACAACAGUGUUCACUACCACAGUUAAAGUAAAGUUGUGUCCAGUAAUGCAUCUUUAGAAAAUUACUUUGAAUCAGGCUAGCACGGACACCUAAAUUAAUCUCCUGCAGUUUGUUCUUCUCAUCGCUACUUGCUUUGUCCAAUGAGAUAACAGUAUGGUGACUCGACUGGUUUGCGAAGGACCCCUCUUCGUAUGACCACUUGCAGUUGCCUGUGCUAGUAAAUUGCGGGGAGGAUGACUACUGCGGCUAGGCCAACGUUCGAGCCCGCUCGAGGAGGGCGAGGCAAAGGAGAAGGAGACUUGAGCGCACUAUCAAAACAGUAUUCCAGUCGGGACUUACCGGGCCAUACUAAAAUCAAGUAUCGGCAACCCACCCAGGAUGCCCCUGAGGAGGUGCGCGCCCGUGACUUCCGCAGGGAGCUGGAGGAGCGUGAGAGGGUCGUCGUGCGGGAGAAGACCAGGGAGAGAGGGCCACGCGAACACACCACAUCUUCAUCAUCCUCGUCUUCGUCAUCCAAAAGGCCGCGCCUUGACCAGAUCCCUGCGGCAGACAUGGACGCAGAUGACCCCCUCACAGACGACGAUGACAACUCUGACUCGGACUCUGACAGUGACGAUGACACCGCCGCCCUCUUGGCCGAGCUGGAGAAGAUUAAGAAGGAGAGAGCUGAGGAGCAGGAGAGGAAGGAGCGGGAGCAGAAGGCUGAGGAGGAGCGUAUCCGCAUGGAGAACAUCCUGAGCGGCAACCCCCUGCUCAACCUGGCCGGCCAGCAGCCGACCCCACAGACCCAGACCUCCUUUCAAGUCAAGAGGAGAUGGGAUGACGACGUCGUUUUCAAAAACUGUGCCAAGGGGGUUGAUGACCGGAAAGAGAAGCGAUUUGUCAAUGACACCCUUCGUUCUGAGUUUCACAAAAAGUUCAUGGAGAAGUAUGUAAAGUAACUCUUUGUCAAAAGAAAACCUUGUAUGUUUCCCGCUUUCAUUUCUUGCCCUUGUUGAAUUUUCCAAAUAAAGUUAUUAUCUUUCAUUUA